UGUUGUUAAUGAAGGUGGUUAUGGUGUGGCUUCCUCUGUGUGGGUUGGGCAUCGUGGGGCAGGAGAAAGGGAAUGGUGCUUUCCCCAUAGCGCCAGGAUUGUCCUGGACAUAUUACAUUAACGCAUGCCCCGCUCUCGAGCCCUUGGUACAGGAGAAGAUAGCAUCGAUUCUCAGCCAAGAUGUGACUCUUGCACCGGCAAUUCUUCGGCUGCAAUUUCACGACUGCUUUGUUCUAGGGUGCGACGCAUCAAUCUUGCUAGCCCGCUCGGAAGAGCAGGAUGCUGCACCCAACCUCACACUUCGUCGAGAAGCCUUCCAACUUAUUUCAGAGAUCAAGUCUCUCGUAGAUGCUCAUUGUGGUGUUGUAGUCUCAUGUGCAGACAUCCUUGCCUUGGCUGCUCGAGAUUCAGUCUACCAGGUAGGAGGCCCAUUCUACCCGGUCCCCUUGGGUCGAAAGGACAGCUUAGUUGCAGCCAAUACGUCUACAACUUUGGCUAACAUCCCUUCCCCUAAUUUCACCGUACCCUCUCUUAUAGCUGCAUUUGCUUCUAAAGGGCUCAAUGCCCAUGACCUCGUCUCCCUUUCUGGUGCACACACGAUCGGGGUAGCACAUUGUUCUUCCUUUACAAACAGGCUCUACCCACAACUAGACCCCACUCUCCUUCCUUCCUAUUCCACUUUCCUAUACGCGAAGUGUCCGUCUGUGAACUCAACUAACACAACUGCAAUGGACCGGUACACGCCUUACUGGUUCGACAACAAGUACUAUGUGGAGCUCUUAAAUUACGAGGGCUUAUUUACCUCUGACGAGGACCUCUACAUGAAUAACACGACACGGCCUUUAGUCGAAAGCUUCUCAAACCAGCAGGCCCUGUUCUUCGAGGAAUUUGCUUGGGGCAUGGUGAAGAUGAGCCAGUUGCAUGUGCUCACAGGGCCCAGUGGAGAGAUUAGAGGGAACUGCUCCAUGAACAACCCAGUAUUAUACAUUAACGUGCCAUCCAAGUCUUCACCGAACAGGGUCCAGUGAUUGCAGAAUUAGGAAGAUCCAUAUAUAACUAAAUAAUAGUACUAACUCCAUGAGAGGCUUUCGUGUAGCUUCCAUACUAUACAUGAACUUGCGUUUCUACUUGCAUGCGUGUUAUAAUGGUGUAAGGGGAUGAACUUAUCUGCAUACAUCCGUGCUACAUGAAGUUGUUUGGCUAGAUGGCGUUGUAUUUACUUUCUAGUGGUGCUAUUCUUUUCUUUCAUAAAACUUUUUAUUUAUUGUGCUAGGGACUUCGCCUUUUUCUACUCAUCGCAACAUUGAGAUUUUUCUUUUUUUUUGGGUAAUUCUAGGGAAGACAAGGCCUUACCCAAUUUUUUAAGUAGAUUGGGAGUUAUAUUUUUUAAGGUGUUAAUGGGGGUGGUGUUAUUGGUAGGAAUAAAAUCCACAAUGUGGCAACUAUUGCCUGUUAAAUAUGUCUU